UGGAGGCGGGGUCGCCCCGGACUUCCGCCCGGGGUGACAGUUGAGCCUUGAUCGUGACGGAAGUGAUGUCAGUGGGCUAUGAAGCCGCGGCGAUGGAGGGCGACGCAGGUAAGGUUGGCGGGUCAGGAAAGACCAGCAGUGAACGCUCCUUCAGCCUGGAGCGGCUGGGCUCCUCCAAGACCCAACAAACUCUACGUGAAUCUGAUGAAGCAAGAGGAGCUGAUAGCGCAGAAGAAGAGAGAAAUUGAAGCCAAAAUGGAGCAAGCAAAACGCGACAGCCUCACAAAACUGCAGGCUUCACCUGCCGCGAAUAACUGCAGGAGCACCUCUUCCACCUCCAACAAGUUUGUCAAUGACGGGAGCUUCUUGCAGCAGUUCCUGAAGAUGCAGAAGGAAAAGGCGAGCCCAGGGCCUGCGACUGGGAAUGGCAGUGGUAAUAGCAGCAGUCACUCCGGGGCCCACUCCCAGAGGAAGCAACUGGUGAUCGGAAAGCGGCCUGGCCUGGGAGUGAGCUCCAUCAACAGUGUGCUGGGGCAGAUGAAGAACUACACCCAUGCCAAGCAGACCCCCAUCGCAGCACGCCCGAGCGUCUUCCAAUCCCCUGAUGACGAAGAGGAAGAAGAGGAAGAUUUCGAAGAGUGGGCUGAAGUAAAAGUUUCACCCCCAGAGGACCCUGAGACCCGGAGUGUCACGGAGAAGCUGGCAAAGUACGUGGCGGAUGGGGGUCCUGAGGUGGAGAAGCUGGCCAUUCAGAACAACCGGGAAAACCCUGCUUUCUCGUUCUUAUAUGAUCGUAACAGUCGAGCUUACCUUUAUUACAAGAAAAAAUUGGCAGAAAUCAAAAAAGACAAGCAAAUGUCUACGGUGGUGCCCAAAAUCUCCAAAACCGCCUCAUCCUCUUCGGUCGAAAAAGUUUCACCCCCAGAGGACACGGAGACCCGCAGUGUGAUUGAGAAGCUGGCAAAGUAUGUGGCCGACGGGGGUCCUGAGAUGGAAGAGAUGGCGAUCCAAAAUAACAGAGACAACCCAGCGUUCUGGUUUCUGUACAACCAGAACAGCGAAGCAUAUCGGUAUUACCAAGACACGGUAGACGUCUUCUGCCGAGUGAAGAGCAUUGCCCAGAAGGCAGUCAACGCUGGCCUGAUGGCAAUACCCUCGCCCACACCGCAGAAACGGAGAAUUUCCCCCGAGCCGUCUCCAGACCACUCCGGCACAACAGCCUCACAGCCCUCGUUCCCCUCCACGCUCAAAAAGAAAAAGAAGAGCAGAUGGGGCCCGGAGGACGACAAGAUUGAGUUGCCUCCUCCCGAAAUGGCUUACCCAAUGCCAGUCCCUGGCUUAACAACUCAGGAACUGAAGGGUCUCGGUUAUCAGAAAGGGAAGCCAGUCGGCCUGGUGGGAGUCACGGAGCUCAGUGACGCGCAGAAGAAACAGUUAAAGGAACAGCAGGAGAUGCAGAAAAUGUACGAUAUGAUCAUGAAGCACAAGCGAGCCAUGCAGGAGAUGCAGCAGAUGUGGGAGAAAGCCAUCCAGGACCACAAGCACGAGUACGACAGCGACGAGGAGAUUGACGGCGACGGGGGAACGUGGGAGCAUCGCCUACGACACAUGGAGAUGGAGAAAACCAGAGAAUGGGCAGAACAACUGACUGAAAUGGGACGGGGAAAACACUUCAUCGGUGACUUCCUUCCUCCAGAUGAGCUGGACAAGUUCAUGGAGACGUUCAAAGCUUUAAAAGAAGGCAGAGAGCCGGAUUAUUCGGACUACAAGGAUUUCAAAAUAACCGUGGAGAACAUAGGUUACCAGAUGCUGAUGAAGAUGGGCUGGAAAGAGGGCGAUGGGCUGGGUUCGGAUGGACAAGGCAUCAAAGCCCCUGUCCCCAGAGGUAUCACAGCAGUGGACGGAGCCGGGUUUGGUAUUGAUCGCCCAGCGGAGUUAAGUAAAGAUGAUGACGAGUAUGAGGCAUUUCGGAAAAGGAUGAUGCUGGCAUAUAGGUUCAGGCCUAACCCACUGAACAAUCCCAGGAGGCCUUACUACUGAAGCUCAUUCCACGGAGCAUCGAAGAGAUUGUUGGGCGUCGCUGUGACUUUUAGUUUGGUUCUUUCAGAGCACAGUGACCUGUCGGGCCUUGCUUGGGAGGGAUGAAUGAAACGAUUGGAUUUCCCUGUUAAUAGACACUGAAGAACCAACAUGGAAUCCUCUGUUACACAUUGUGGGUUCGUGCCAGAACUUUUAACAUGUCGCUAUACAGUUGGAUAUUUUCCUCCAAUUUAGUAUCUAGGUGCAAAGGGAAUUUGUCCAUCAUCUUCAAACAUCAGGUCACGAUCAGGACCUUUCAGUCACCCUAGGUUCUUGAGUUGAACCUGUUCCAAUGAACUCAGCCCAUUUCCCCAGAACGUGGAAUGCCAAAUCCUGUAGUAAAAUGCCACACAUUGGUUAGAACCAUUUUAUUUUGUAUAGGCAGUGAGAUCGGGCAUUGGGCAGAAGUACUGGAACAGUAGUGAGGGUGAUACGAGAGAGGGGGUGUGGAUUGCUGUUACAAGAGGAAAUUCUGCAGUACAUCUCGUCCUGGUCUGGUACUUCCUGACCCAAUCCAGCUGAAGUGACCAUGGCUUCACUCCUUUUCCUCCCCCCCCCCCUCUCCGCCACUAAUUGCUGUCCUGUGAUGAAUGUCAAGGAGCUUUACACUGGAAGAGUUGUCGCUGAGCUGGGUGUGACCAGCAUCAGAAAUCCAAAACCAUUUUGGACAUCCCUAAGUAAUCGCUCAGUAACUGGUCAAACACGUAAUCACUAUUUAGACAGUCUUUAAAAAAAGUCUCAUGCAAAUUGUAGAACUGUUGCAUGUUUGUAUGUUUGUGCUUAAUUAAAUUUGAUUAUACACUCUG